CUUUGAUUUAACAAAUAACGGCCAAAUGGAGAGAAGCGUAUCCAACAUCCACCCACCGGUAUGUGGAAAUCUCAUCACUGUUCUCAGUAUUGAUGGAGGAGGGAUUCGAGGAAUCAUUCCCGGAGUUAUCCUUGAUAGACUUGAAUCCGAACUUCAGAUUUUGGACGGUAACGAUGUUAGGCUUGCGGAUUAUUUCGACGUGAUCACAGGGACAAGCACCGGUGGUCUCAUAACAGCCAUGUUAUCCGCCCCGAAUGAGCACGGCCGGCCUCUAUUUGCUGCUAAAGAUAUAGUGCCGUUUUACCUCAAAAAUGGUCCUCAAAUUUUCCCACAGCCAAGCGGAAUACUGGCUUGGGCUUCAAAAAUACCAAAGGUUCUAGCGGGACCAAGAUACGAUGGGAAGUAUCUUUACAAGCUUUUGAGAGACUUAUUAGGGAACACCAGAUUGCAUCAAACAUUAACCAAAGUCGCCAUUCCUGCUUUCGAUAUCAAGAAACUUCAGCCAACUAUCUUCUCCAGCUAUCAGAUUCCGAUCAAUCCAGCCAUCGACGCCCUGUUAUCAGACAUCUGCAUAUCCACAUCGGCAGCACCAACUUAUUUCCCACCUUAUUAUUUCGAGAACAACGGAAAAGAAUUCAACCUCAUCGAUGGAGGCAUCGCAGCAAACAAUCCCACACUGGUGGCCUUACGAGAAGUGACGAAACAGAUAAUGAAAGACAACCCAGAUUUUUCCGGGACAGAUCCCACGGAUUACACCCGGUUCCUCGUCAUCUCGAUAGGCACAGGAUCCAGCAAGCGUGAAAAGAAAUAUGAUGCUAAAACGGCCUCCAAAUGGGGUGUGAUAAGCUGGUUAUUUGAAGAUAACAAUAGCCCCAUACUUGAUUUCUUCGGCGAAGCGAGCAAAGAUAUGGUUGAUUACCAUAACUCCGUCGUCUUCCAAGCCCUUCAUUCCGAGGAAAAUUAUCUCCGGAUCGACGAUGAUACCCUAACCGGAGAAAUGGCCUCCGUCGAUGUAUCGACGAAGGAGAACAUGGACAACCUCAAAGAAAUCGGAGUGAAGUUGCUCGAGAAAACUGUUUCACGGAUCGAUUUAGACACCGGACUUUUCGAACCAGUCGAAGGUGGUGGCUCCAACGCCGAAGCACUGAAAAGGUUUGCAAAACUGCUGUCGGAUGAAAAGAAGCUGAGGGGAUCCAACUCGCCAACCUCGCAGGACAAGUCUUCUUAGCAUCUGUUUUGUAAUUAAAUUGAUUUAUGAAUCAAU